AUGGCUUAUCUGGUUGUGUUUAUAGAUGGAUGGACGUACUAUCAAUCCAGUCUUUACUUCAUUUCCUCUGAGACGAAGAGCUGGACUGAGAGCAGAAGAUACUGUACAGAGAGAGCAGCAGAUCUGAUCAUCAUAAACAACAGAGAGGAACAAGAUUUUGUGAAGAACAUUUCAGGUGUUGCUAAAGUCUGGAUUGGUCUGACUGAUAUUGAAGUGGAGGGCAGAUGGAAAUGGGUUGAUGGCAGCACACUGACCUCUAGGUUCUGGGCGUCUGGACAACCGAAUAAUUACAAGGGAAAAGAGGAAGACUGUGCUCUAAUUCAUUCACCAGGAUGGGCUGAUUUUCCAUGUAAUGAUAAGCAUAAAUGGAUCUGUGAGAAGAGUGUUCUUAAAUGA